UUUUGCAUUCAGGCCAUGCAUUCCAUUGCCUCUCGAGAGACUCCUUGACCAUACAUAGCUCAUCUUUCUUUGUACAUAUAUACAUCUUUGCAAGCUUAUUGUCUCCCUUGCUUCAUGCUAUUGAGCUACACCAUCUGAUAAAAACAGUUCAGCUUUCGACUCGAAACCGAGCUGACGGAGUUGAUAUAGCAGGAGAUUGGAAGAUUUGAUCAAUCUUCAGAGUUCACAAGAACUCGGAGGUUUAUCGACAAAGUUCUUAGAGAGGUGUCAGAAGAAGAGAGAGAGAUUGUCAGUUUGGGGUAGUAGGUUUUUGUGCAUAAAGGAUGAGAGGUUUUGCUUGUGCUCAUCAUGCAGAGAAGAGGCAUCGUCUUGACAGAACUCUCACCAAUCUAAGCAAGAGGGGUUACAUAGGAAGCUACCACUACGAGAAGGAUGCCAAGUACAGGCCAUUCAGUGCACUGCUUCCAGAGGGUUCAAACCCCAAGAUGCUCUACGUCAAGCUCGUCCUCCUCAUCCUCAUGUGUGGCUCCUUCGUCAGCCUCCUCAACUCACCCUCUAUCCACCAUGACGACGAACACCUCUCCCUGUCAUCGGCUGUGGCGGAUUCCCGGUACGUGUCGGACGUGACGGUGGAUUGGCCAAAGAUCUCCAAGGCGGUGCAGCAGGUCGCCGGAGCGGGAGACGGCGGCGGCGCGAGGGUGGCGCUGCUCAACUUCGACGACGAGGAGGUUUACCAAUGGAGGACGGUGCUGCCGCGGGCGGCCGUCACGUCGGUGGAGCUGGAGCACGUCGGGAGCAACGUGACGUGGGAGCACCUGUACCCGGAGUGGAUCGACGAGGAGGAGGUGUACCACGCGCCGACGUGCCCCGACCUGCCGGAGCCGGCGGUGGGCGAGGGAGAGGAGGCGGUGUUCGACGUCGUCGCGGUGAAGCUGCCGUGCCGGCGCGGGGGUAGCUGGUCUAAGGACGUGGCCCGGCUGCACCUGCAGCUCGCCGCGGCGCGACUCGCCGCGCGCGGUGGCGGCGCCGCCUCCGCCGCGCACGUGCUGGUGGUGAGCCGGUGCUUCCCGGUCCCGAACCUCUUCCGGUGCAGGGACGAGGUGGCGCCGCGCGACGGCGACGUGUGGCUGUACCGGCCGGACGUGGACGUGCUCCGGGAGAAGCUGUCCCUCCCCGUUGGCUCCUGCAAGCUCGCCAUGCCGUUCGGGGCGCUGGCGGAGCCGCACGUGGCGGCGUCGGCGUCGGCGUCGGCGCCGGCGGCGAAGGCGCGGCGGGAGGCGUACGCGACGAUCCUGCACUCGGAGGAGCUGUACGCGUGCGGCGCGCUGGUGGCGGCGCAGAGCAUCCGGAUGGCCGGCGGGCAGGAGCGGGACAUGGUGGCGCUGGUCGACGAGACGAUCAGCGCGCGCCACCGCGCGGCGCUGGAGGCGGCCGGGUGGAAGGUGCGGCCGAUCCGGCGUGUCCGGAACCCGCGCGCGGCGGCGGACGCGUACAACGAGUGGAACUACAGCAAGUUCUGGCUGUGGGCGCUGACGGAGUACGACAAGGUCGUCUUCCUCGACGCCGACCUGCUGGUGCAGCGGCCGAUGGAGCCGCUCUUCGCCAUGCCGGAGGUGAGCGCGACGGGGAACCACGGCACGCUGUUCAACUCCGGGGUGAUGGUGGUGGAGCCCUGCAACUGCACGCUCCGCCUGCUCAUGGACCACAUCGCCGACAUCGAGUCGUACAACGGCGGCGACCAGGGGUACCUCAACGAGGUCUUCUCGUGGUGGCACCGCCUCCCGUCGCGCGCCAACUACAUGAAGCACUUCUGGGAGGGCGACUCCGAGGAGCGCGCCGCCGCCAAGCGGGCGGUGCUCGCCGCCGACCCGCCCGCCGUCCUCGCCGUCCACUUCGUCGGCAUGAAGCCGUGGUUCUGCUUCCGCGACUACGACUGCAACUGGAACUCGCCGCAGCUCCGGCAGUUCGCCAGCGACGAGGCGCACGCGCGGUGGUGGCGCGCCCACGACGCCAUGCCGCGGCCGCUCCAGGGGUUCUGCCUGCUCGACGAGCGGCAGAAGGCGCUGCUGCGGUGGGAUGCCGACGAGGCGAGGGCGGCCAACUUCUCCGACGGCCACUGGCGCGUCCCCAUCGCCGACCCUCGCCGGAGCAUCUGCGCCGGCGGCGGCGAGGCGGCGUGCGCGGAGAGGGAGACCAAGAACCGGCGGGUGGAAGGGAACAGGGUCACCACGUCGUACGCCAAGCUCAUCGACAACUUCUGACGUGGGCGCAUCUCGGCCGUUGUGUUUAAUCGGACGGUCAGGAUGAGGUCUCUCGUGGUGAGGAUAACCAAAAAGAAAAAAAAAUCUUUAUUACAAUGAGGGAAGUAGAUGUGAAUAAUUUAGGGAUUUGCUUUUUGCGAGAUAUAAUUUCCAGAGGCUCUGUUCAAAUAUGUCAGCCAUAUUUGGUAUGUUCAUCCUUUGAAACCGUGGCCAAGAAAGAAUAUUACGUUAUCGCUGAUUAUAGCAUGACCAAUAGUGCCUCUA